AGAUCAUCACAAUAUGGCUUCAAGUCUGCUCGUUUACUUUCUUUUGCUCUCCAUUCCUCUACUUCUCUUCCUCUUAAAUCGAAGCAGAAGGAGAGGCUAUGGAAAGGUGGCGGCAAGCAAGCUGCCUCCAGGACCAAGGAGGCUCCCCAUCAUUGGAAACCUAUACCAGUUCGGCUCAUUGCCUCAUCACACCCUCCAUCAGCUGUCUCUCAAGUAUGGGCCUCUCAUGUAUCUCCAGCUUGGCUCCGUUCCCGCUCUGGUCAUCUCUUCCAGCGAGGUGGUUCGGGAGGUCAUCAAAGAUCAUGACCUCGUCCUCUCCAGCAGGCCGGCCUUGUAUGCUGCAAAGAAGCUCACCUAUGGCCUCGUAGACAUGGCCUUCGCACCCUAUGGAGAACACUGGAAGCAAGCUCGCAAGGUUUGUGUCUCGGAACUUCUAAGUGCAAAACGAGUGCAAUCUUUUCGGGCGACAAGGGAGGAAGAAGUGGCCAUGUUGAUUGCUUCUAUCAAAAGACUAUCUUCGUCUUCUCCAUCUCCCGUUCCUAUUAACUUAAGUGAGAUGUUGCUCUCUCUCUCGAAUAAUAUUACUUGUCGUGCUGCAUUCGGCGAGAGGUUUGGAUCCAGAAAGUAUGAGGAGGGUGGGAGCAGAAUCUUUCAUAUCCUUGAGGAGACGCAGAGGUUGCUUGGAGGGUUCUGCACGGCAGAUUUCUUUCCGUGGUUGGAGUGGAUUCAUAGGCUCACGGGCUUGCGAGCAAGGCUGGAGAGGAACUUCAAGGACUUGGAUGAAUUCUAUGAUCAGGUGAUUGAAGAGCACCUCAAGACAAUAGAAUGGUCGCGUCCGGGAGAUGAGGACCUGGUACAUGUUCUGCUUCGACUUCAGAGGGACCCUUCUCAUGGAAGCAUCAAUAGAAGUAUAAAUCACAUCAAGGGUCUUCUAACAGAUAUCUUCAUUGCUGCAACCGACACAAUUUCAGCAAUACUAGUAUGGACAAUGGUGGAGCUCAUGAGAAAUCAAAAUGAAAUGAAUAAAGUACAAGAAGAAGUACAAAAAGUAUUUGGCAACAAAGGCAAGGUGGAUGAACGUGACCUCCAACAUCUUGAGUAUUUAAAAUUAGUGAUUAAGGAAGCAUUUCGGUUGCACCCUCCUGCUCCGUUUCUAGGGCCUCGUGAGACUGGUGAGAUGUGCAAAAUUAGAGGAUAUGAAAUUCCUCCAAAAACAAGGGUCUUCAUUAAUGCAAGAGCUAUAGGCACGGACCCAAAUAUUUGGACAAACCCUACUGAAUUUUGUCCUGAGAGAUUCUUGAGUGGUGAUAUUGACUUCAGGGGACAAGAUUUUGAUCUCACACCAUUUGGAGUUGGCCGAAGGAUUUGUCCAGGAAUUAAUUUUGCAAUUGUGUUUGUUGAGCUUGUUCUCGCUAACCUUUUGUAUCAUUUUGAUUGGAAAUUACCGUUUGGAAUGCGAGAGGAGGAUUUGGAUUUGGAUGAGAAAUUUGGGCUUACAGUGCACAAGAAAAAUCCUCUUUACCUUUUAGCUCAACCUAAAGAUAUAUAAUGACAUAGCUUUAUGUACGAUAUAGACGGUGCCAUGCUGAGAAUAAUGAGAAGUCAUUAUGACACCUACAUGAUACUUAGUGUGAUUUACUUUGCUUGUUACUUAGUCUUGAUUACUUGGAAGUGGUGUAGUCAAGAAUUGGGAAUGUAAUAUCAUCCCCAUGACUUGUAUUUCAUGUUAGUAUUAUCUAUUUAUGAAAAAUUGAUCUCCUUGUAUUAUUUUUUUUC